AUGGGUUUUGUCCUAACUUGUACUUCUCCUAUGUCCUCGCUUAUGGUCGUCUCUCAGUUCUCCGCCGGAAUCAAAAGCAGUGAAAUUCCGUUUCGUCCUCAAUAUUCUCCGACUCGUAGAACCCUAAUUUCGAAAUCAUCUUGUUUCAAUCUCCCUCAAGAACCCAUUCUCUCAGAAGCCCUCAAGGAGCCAAUUGCAUUUAUGGGUGGGAUGUUUGCUGGACUUUUAAAACUCGAUCUUAACGAAGAACCGCUCAAGGAAUGGGUGACGCGAACGGUUGAAGCCUCGGGUAUUACGGAAGAGGAAGUUGAUGCCGAUGGGAUGGUCUCUAAUGAAGAAGAAGCUCCUCAACAGAUAGAGAUUGAAUGA